AUUAUUAAAUCUUCUUUCCGCCAUUGGAUAGUGAGUCAACUCUGAAGGAAAGAAGACUCUCUGAGCCUGAAGUAGGAGGAGCCCCAACCCCACCCCAGAAAAAUAAAAAUAAAAAUGGAGAAAUUAGGGUUCAGGGUUUAGGAGAGAUUAGAGUAGUUGGGGUUUGAACGUACUUAUUUGGGAAAAAAAAAUUGAGCCAUAAAAAAGAAGAAGAAGAAUAAAUGGGUGCUAAAAUAAGAUUAAAGGAAUAGAAGGUGGUGGGUGGGAAAUAUUGGAGCUUGUUCGAUCGGAGCUGGGGUGAAGCUUUUGAGGUGGACCCCACUCUGGUUGUGAGGCGACACGCUUUCUGUCAUUUUGGGGAGCACGAGAUCUCGGAGCUCCACAAGUGGGUUCCUCCUGAGCAGGGGACGAUGAGGUGGAUAAAUUAUGAUUCGAAGUUGGCCCUUCUCCUGGUCCUGCUCUUAUCUGUUUCAACCAGAAUAAAGGCAUCCUCUGAAGACGGUGAAUUUAAUCAGUGUGAACAUAUCGUCAAGAAGUGGGCAUCUUCUUCCCUUGACUCAGAAAUUAACAAAGAUAAACACAUAUUGCGGGACUUGCUGUAUUUCCUUCAUGUCCCAAGAACUGGAGGGAGGACAUAUUAUUAUUGCUUUCUGAAAAGGUUAUAUGCAAACUCUUCAGAGUGCCCACGCUCUUAUGAUAGGCUGAGGCUCGAUCCCAGGAAACCAGAUUGCCGGUUAUUGGUUACUCAUGAUGACUAUAGUGUCAUGUCCAAACUUCCAAAGGAGAAAACUUCAGUGGUGACCAUACUAAGGGACCCUAUUGAUCGUGUCUUUAGCACUUACGAAUUUUCGGUAGAGGUUGCUGCUCGUUUUCUGGUGCACCCUAAUCUAACAUCAGCCUUAAGAAUGACUGGACGUUUGAGGGCAAAGACAAGGGGUGGAGUAAGCACAUUGGACAUCUGGCCAUGGAAGUAUUUGGUCCCUUGGAUGAGAGAAGAUUUGUUUUCUCGGAGAGAAGCCAGAAGACGCAAAGGUUGGCCUUCCAUUUAUAGUGACGAUCCCUAUGAUAUGGAGGAUGUUGUAAUGCCAUUGCACAAGUAUAUUAAUGAUCCUAUAGCUCAGGAAAUAAUUCAUAAUGGAGCUACAUACCAGAUUGCAGGACUUACAAACAACUCUUAUCUGGCAGAAUCACAUGAAGUGCGCCAUUGCAUACAGAAAUAUCAGCCUCUUGGUGAAUAUGUGCUAGACGUUGCAAAGAAGCGGUUGGAUAAUAUGUUGUAUGUUGGACUCACUGAGAACCAUAGAGAAUCUGCAACAAUGUUUGCAAAUGUGGUUGGUGCUCAGGCGAUUUCUAAGUUUGCAGGAUCAAACUCUAGAAAGGGUCUUGUGGCUAAUAGCAUUCCAGGGCAGAGCUCUUUGAUACCUGAUAUUGACCCUGAUAGUAAUUACCAUUUGAGCAAUAGCACAUAUCCAAAGCCUGGAAAGUUUUCAUCAACGGACACAGUUGAAGCAACAAAUGAAGAUAUGACGACGAGAAAACUAAUGGAAGGAUAUGAGACCUGUAUUUCAAGCUUACGAAGCACACAGUCACAACGACGCGCAAAUUCUUUAAAAAAUAUACUGCCAGCAAACUUUACUAAGGAGGCUCGUCGUCGGAUUUCUAAAGUUCUUCUUCAGGAAAUUACAUCACUAAAUUACCUGGAUGUGGAAUUGUACAAGUACGCUCAAGGCAUCUUUGCAAAUCAACAACAGUAUGCGAUGCCAACAAAAGUUGGUGAAGAGAAUCUGGUGAACAUGUUCAAAAAGCCAUAUGGUGCCCCUUCUUGGAGUGUUCUUUCCAUCUCCUUAUCCAUUUUUUUAUUUCUUUUGUUCAUUAUUCUCUAUUUAAAUGCAAGGAGAAGAAUAUCAAAAAUAAAGCUAUGAAAUGAUUGAAAUGCAUGCAUUUACUGUAUCAUGUAUACAAGUUUAGAGGACAGAGAGAGAGAGAGAAACAGACGAAGUUCACUACUUAUAGCUAGGAUAUGCACAAAGCUUUGUAACUAAAGCAAUGGUAAUUUUGGGGAGUUGCAGAGCUUUUAGAUGAAACUACGUUCUUUUCCUAA